GAUGUCUGCUAACCUUACCAGGAUCAUUUUUAGCUGAGCUGGCUGUGGAGGGCUUCCUGUGAGUUGUAGUCAGUCUACUAGCAGACCUCUUCUCCUCCCCCCAGGUGGAAGAACCAGGCUACUGCUACACACUUCUACACGCAGGCUCAACACCGACUUCCAGCUUUUUGUUCCAGUCGACGCCAUGGAUCCCGCCGGUCAAGAUAUCAACCUAAACUCGCCCAACAAGGGUCUGCCCGUGGAAAAUUCCGGCGGCCUGUCGGAUGUUCCGGUGGAGGGAGCUCUGGGGAACUCGGGCAACCCCCUUCCGCCAGGCCUGACAGAGGAGGAGGCAGAGGAGCUCCGUACUGAGCUGGGCAAGGUGGAGGAGGAGAUCAGCACGCUGCGUCAGGUUCUGUUGGCCAAAGAAAAACAUGCCCUGGCGCUCAAGAGAAAACUGGGCCUCAGCCCGCUCAACGAACUCAAGCAGAAUCUCAGCAAGAGCUGGCAGGAUGUCCAGACCUCCAACGCAUAUCUGUCUGCCUCGGCUACUUUGGAUGACAUUUCCCACUCGGAAGCAUAUAAAAAGACUCAGGAGACGCUCUCCCAGGCGGGGCAGAAGACGACCGCAGCCAUCACCACCAUGAGCUCGGCCAUCAGCAGGAAACUGGGUGACAUGAGAGCGCUUCCUUUCUCCAAUUCUUUUAGUAGCAACUAUUCCAUUCGCCACUCCAUAAGUAUGCCAGCUAUGAGGAACUCUGCCACCUUCAAGUCGUUUGAGGACAAAGUGGGCAACCUGAAGUACAAGGUGGUGGGCCCCCGAGGGGAUGGCAGCACCGCCGGCUCUCCCACCGACUCCACCCCCACUCAGGAGAACCCGCCUUUCUGAAUCCACCCUCGCCGCCGCCUUCCUCACCACCUGGGACUCUUCUCACCGCCUCACUUUGCAGAGAUGCCAACCUUUUGACCCUCGCGUGGUUCGAAGGCCUCCGCUUUUGCCUCAACCGGAACCAUUUUAGCGACCCGUUUUUGUUCCUCCCAUGAGUGAGCGCUUUUGUUGCUUCCGUCUACUUCCUGUCCACCCUCGUACACAUCUGUCGCCGCUAGCAUCUCAGCCCCGCUCCUCCUCACAUCGGCUCAUGCAGGAACACUCGCAGGUUAGUGAUUAGCGCUUAGCACGGAAGGAGGAUGGCGCACACCUCACCUCAGUCGAGCAUCCAAACCACACUCCCACACCAGAGAAGAAAAAACAUGUUUUGUGUGCUAUCAAGUUUUUACAUUUAAUUGGCGAGAAGAGCAAGCCGCCAGCAGGGGACAGCGUGGGAGGAAACGUUGACGAGUCUUUCAAACACAAACUGGAAACGUUUGCUAGAGCGACCCGCUAGCUUUUGCCGCGCCACAUGCUGAAUGUUGAUGCUUUUUUCUGGGCCUUAAAUCCUCGUCCUCCAAACAAAAAAAAGAAUUGACUUUUUUUUUCUUAGUGUUAACUUGCUCCGCCAUGUUGGACAGAAGCCCUGACUGGAGUUAGCUGCUAGCCGUUUUGUCAGGCCAAUUAAAUGAAACACACUCUACACUGGAACAGCUACAUAGAUGCUAAACAACCACACGUGUCUGGACAUAAGAGAGGCAGCGUGACACUCCUCAUUUUAAUAUUUAAAUGCCAUCCAGCAUUUGCUUGUAAGCUGUUAAAAGGAUCACAGAUUUUGGUAUUUGGCGUUCUCUUCCUCACGGUGUUGUUACUUUCUUUACUUUGUGUGUCAAAAAAAGAACACGUUGCCAACCUUUUAGUGUGUCUGUUACUCAGCUUGUGAGGCUGCUUAUGUUUGUGUUGUCACACCAACUGGAGAUGAUAAAUUAGUGGAGAGCUGGGUCGUUAAAGAAGUGUGUGUGUGUGUGUGUGUCAGAAGAGUGGAUGACUGGUAGCUUUAUUGUGGACCUGGAUUAGAAUAUUAUUAUUAGUGGUCACAUGGGGGAAACUAUGGUCAAUGACUUUUGUUCUGUUUGAUUUAUCAAUAAAGCAUUCCUUUAAAAUCCA